GAACAAAAGAUAUGACUUAUGAGUUGAUGCGUUAUAGUUUAUACCUCUCACUACCUAACUUAUCCAUAUCGUUGUCACCUUUACCAUAUGCAAAAACCAUUGAUUAUUUCACCAUGAAUAGUAGUCAUAAAUAAAGAUAUAUAGAUUGCUUAAUUUAUAGUCAUAAUAAUAGUUCCCUCUCCAUUGUAUUGUAUAUGAUUAAUUAAUGGCCGAUUUCAGAGGUCAACCUCUCUACAAUUGUAGAAAUUGCAGAAACCCAAUUGCCCUCCGUGAUGACCUUCUUUCCAAAAAAUAUAAGGCAAAAUCUGGGCCUGCAUAUCUGUUUUCUCAUGUAAUGAACAUAACUGUGGGGCCUAAAGAAGAGAAGCAAUUGAUGAGUGGUGUGUUCACUAUUGCUGAUAUUUAUUGUAGAGGUUGUGGUGAGGUACUUGGUUGGAAAUACAUAAUAGCUCAUGAUCAUGCUCAGAGAUUCAAAGAAGGCAAGUUUAUUUUAGAGAUUGCUAAGAUUGCCAAGUUGUACUAAAAAUCAAAUCAAAACUUGGAUCAAUCUUCUUCUAAAAACUAGUAUAGUAUAUAUGUCAAAUCAUAAAUAAUCUCACUAUGUGGUUGUGAGAGUUGUUCAAACUUUUCUUUGUACUUAAUAUAUGAUGUUAUCUAAGUUAUGAUAUUUAUUAUUGGGAGAGGUUCUAUAGAGACAAUUUUAUACUUUAAUUUUAAACAUUAAGUGGUGUUUGGUUAAAAGUAAUGAAAUGAAAUAAAAAUAUAAUAAUUUUUAUUUUA